GGGGGUGGUGGGGGAGGGGACAAUGGGGAAGGUGAUAAGGAAGAAGAGGAAUUUGGGCCAUUACUGAAGUUUGAGGAUGUGAUGAGAGAGGCAGAGGCUCGUGGGGCAACACUUCCUGCUGAUAUGAUAGAGGCUGCAAAGAGUGUUGGGAUCAGAAAGCUACUUCUGCUUAGAUAUUUGGACUUGCAGGGGUCAGCUUGGCUGGGAGCUGCAAUGAAGUCAUGUGCUAUGCUGCGGAACAGAAUGUUGGCCGAUCCAUCGUUUCUUUUCAAAGUUGGAACUGAGAUAGUUAUUGAUACCACUUGUGCAACUGUUGCGGAAGUUCAAAAGAGAGGCAAAGAUUUUUGGGCGGAAUUUGAACUAUAUGCUGCAGAUAUGUUGGUCGGUGUUGCUGUCAAUGUAGCUCUAGUUGGCUUGCUAGCACCAUAUGCUCGAAUUGGACAACCGUCUGUAUCUCAAGGGUUUGUUGGUCGUAUGCAGAGAGCUUAUGGAGCGCUUCCAAGCAGUGUCUUUGAGGCCGAAAGGCCAGGGUGUAGAUUUACAGUGAAUCAGAGAAUUGCUGCUUAUUUUUAUAAGGGCAUUCUAUAUGGAUUCGUGGGGUUUGGAUGUGGUAUCAUUGGUCAAGGAAUUGCAAAUAUGAUAAUGACUGCCAAGCGGAGCGUCAAGAAAUCAGAGGAUGAUGUUCCUGUUCCACCUCUUGUAAAGAGUGCAUUACUUUGGGGUGUUUUCCUUGGAGUUUCUUCCAAUACCAGGUUACAGAUUGUAACCGGGUUAGAACGUCUGGUGGAAUCCUCUCCGGUAGGAAAGCAGUUUCCGCCUGUUGCAAUGGCAUUCACAGUUGGUGUGCGAUUUGCCAACAAUAUAUAUGCAGGAAUGCAGUUCGUGGAUUGGGCGAGGUGGAGCGGUGUGCAGUAAUUGUAUCUUUGUGCUUCUUCUCUUUCAGCCAUUCUCGGGGGGUCGACACUGGUUCUUCACGUACCCCCAACUUGGCUCGAGACCGAGGCCUAACUGGUUGGAGAUGGAGGUGACUUAUCACUGAGCCAACUCGCCUCGUCAGUUGUUUGUGCUUCUAGUUUAAUAAUUCCAUCUUUGUUGUAUUCUAGUUGUUGAUUAGAAUUUUUAUUAGACCAAUAACAAGAACUUGUUUGCCCUUACGGCUACGGCUUGGUGGUCAGAGUGCAGCAUGUGAUGCGUGAGUUAGAUGCAUGUCACCCGUUCACACCGUAUCGUGGAUAAAGAAAGCUAGUAGUAGUUGAGUGGAUUAGAGUUGAGGAGCAGGCCCAUUAUGAAUUGAGUUUCGAAACGAGCACCAAGUGAUCCUCGGAGAUUUCUUAUUAUGAAAAUAAAAUAAUAACUUAUUUGCCCUUUU